AUGUCAUCCAGAAGCAGUGUGCACAGUGUGCCAAGUGCGCUCAGCGACGAGAGCAGUGAAGAGACCAGCGAGGAUGACGAAUCCGACGACGACUCUGGACAGUCCGACUCCGGAGCGGCGGACAGUCCGACUCCGGCCAUGCGUGAUCGCAAGAGGCAGGGAGUCAAUGUGGGUGUAAGAGCUGUCAGCCUCGCCCUGCAUGAGCAAAGUGUUUUGAAGGAUGGUUACUUGCUACCAGCCAAUGAAGACAAGGAGGCUGACGAGGACAUUAAGGAUGUGGUGCCCGACGACGUUCCACCCGCGCCGAGCGCAGAGGACGCCGACGCCGCGACGCCGAGCGCAGCUGGACCUGUGCGCCGAGCAGCGAUGAUGCUCAGAGCCGACGUGCGGCCCAGGCGUCAAAGUAGUGAGGUCCAAGCACAAAAGGAGGCCCAGAAGAAGGAUCCAGCAUCCAGCUUUGACUUGUCAUGGGAGGAGGAUCAGGACUUCCCCAUUGCCUUGGUCCAAGCUUCGCUGGAGCCCAGCCAGUUGGAAAAAGCAGUCUUGUACUACCGAUCCCUGCCACAGGCUCAGUCGCGAGAAUACCAUUGCCUGGUGAAUUUGGCGUGCUGUUUGAUGGCCUUAAACCAGCCCAGACAAGCCAAGAAUCUUUUGGAGCAAGCCACGAUCCUGAAACCCUCAAAAGCAUCAGCUCAGCUCAACUUGAUCGCCUGUUGCCUUCGGAUCCGGCAUCGCUCCUCUGCGCUGAGUGGGAUCGACCAAGCCCUGCGGAAUGCGGAGGACCUCACCGCUGAGCAUCAUCGAUUGCUGCUGUGGACUCGCAGGGAACUGCUGGCGCUGCUUUCGAAGGACCCCGGCACCGCACGUCCAGAAGGACGGUCCGGGCGGAAGGAGGUCAAGGUGGAGACCACGCGCACGCGAAAGGCCGCCAGAUAUCAGGUCUUCACUCGUUUGGAGGCCUGGCAAAUGCGGAAGGACCUCCUGGCCUUGCGCAGCGGGCCCUCCAUGGAGGAGGGUCAGGAGCUGAAACCCCCCUGGCGGCGCCGGCAUAUCUACAGUGAGGAUUCGGAGCAGGCCAUCUACAGCCGGAAGGCACGUUGGCAGCCCUUGAGUCCAGACGCCAUGGAGCUUCUUCGAGAAGCUUGCAAGAAGUUGUGCAAGUGCGGCAAGGACGAUGGAGCCCUCAGCGACGAUUCCGACAUCCCAGAGGACACGGACACGUCCUCGGAGGAGGAGGUGAAGGAGGUGCAGGGUAGUAAGGCCGCACAGCAAGCUUACGAGUGCAUAAAGCCUUUGCCAUGCAUGCAAGCACUGGCAAGUGACAAAGCCAUUGCUCUAAUUCAAGCAGGGGAACUGGUGGACUAUGACGCUGACACUCAGAUCUUUGAAGAAGGUGAUCCUGCACUUCAUGUCUACAUCAUUGUGAGGGGGUCUGUGUCGAUUCGGGUCAUGAUGCCGGAGCUUGGAAACGAUCCCAUUCCUGUCCAGUCGCUUUAUGACGGGCAAGUCUUUGGAGAUGCAAAGAUUGCUGCUUGGAAAGAUGCGAACGCCCCACCUCCAAAGAGGAAGGGUGGAGCCAGAACUCAAGAAGACACCUGCAUGUUGCGCAUUCCAGCUCCAGCAUAUCGUCACGCCCUGGGCUUGGAUACCAAGACCAACGGGCCAAAUCAAACUGGGGGGAACACCGAAGGCAAUGACGAGGAGGAAGGAGCCUUGCUGCCAGAGGUUCGACGAAAGGUUCAGGCUUUGUUGAAGUCACCGCUGUUUCAAGGGGCUGCCGCGAGCACCUUGGUGCUGCUGGCGACCAACCUUCAGGAGGUGUCUUUGCGGCACGACGAUGUCUUCAUGGAGAUUGAUCAGGCCUUACAGGCGUGCUUUCUCAUCUCUCAAGGCUAUGUGCGUGUCUCAGUGCCCGCAGUGGAUUUGGAGGCCAACCUGGGUCCCGCCUACGACGAUGCCUCUCGAAUCCUCGGCUCUGGACGACUCCCCCACCAUGGCCCCGCGCUGGGCGUGACCUCGUGGAAGAAAAAAAAGCGAGAGAAGAAGAGCGGUUCAGAUCUGUUAAGUCGCUUCAACUUAUCCAAAGGCGAAGUGCCAGUGUUUCAACUGGGCAUGCGGCCAUUAUUGAUGCCGACGGACUCCGUCUCCUCCAGCGCCACUCCCCGACCCUCGCGUCUCAUCACGCGGUUGCCGGGCAAUCCGCGACGAGGAAGUGCCUGGCACCAAUCCUUGCGGGGCACGCAAAUGGUGCCAUAUUUAGGUGGAACUCCCAGUGAUAUUGAGCUGUGUUUCUUACAUGCUGGGCAGGCCUUUGGACUGCAGACUCUGUUGGAUAAACAGGACUGCUCCUACGUAUCCAGCUGCGAAGUUCGUGUUCAGAGCAGCGAGGCAAAAAUAUUGGUUUUGACUCCAGCAAGUCUUUUGUACCUGAAUGAGUCGCUGGCACAGAGCUUGAAGGAUAAAGUCGGGAGUAUGGACGAUCCGGUGCGACCCUCCUUGCAGAGCAUCAAGAGGGAGAGGCUGAAUCGAUCACACUGGGCAGUUCGAAAGCAAAAGGUCUUCUAUCAGGUGGUGAUGCAGGAGGACUGA